AUGAUUCAGUGCCGAGUCCUUGGAUUUUUCAGAGAUCAUUCGCGCCCUCAUCUACCGGAUGGAAUCUACGGAAGUGGUAUGAAUGGUCUUGGAGUCCACCGUCAUAUUGAUGUCGCGGCAUUUCAUGGAGUCAUGACUGCUUCAAUAGCGACCGGUCAACAGCUCACCGAGCAAGAAUUCAUGAAAACUGUUCAAGCUUGCGUUUACAUCAACGACUUUGUUGAUUUUCGCGGUGACAUCUUACGCAAGCAGCGGGAGAAACCUUUUCUUCGCGGAAUGAGAGGAAAUCUAUGCCAUUAUAUCGAUCGGAUGAUUGGGAAAUGCCUUGACACCGCGAUCGAAGUGAUCAAAUCGUCGGAGGUUGGCGCGUUAGUGGUCAUGGGAUACUGCAAUUGGGCAAUCCUUGGAUCUCAUCAUAAAGUUUACGAGUUGCUUCACUGGGUGAAACAUGUCCAGAAGUACUCUAUGUGCGAAUAUGAAUCUGAGAUCAAUACUUCAAGAUAUGAUCGAUUGGUGCAGGCUUUGCAGUCGUAUGGCACCCUGGGCCAGGAUGGACCGCGAGUGACGAAGAAGCGAGUUGAGAUGGACAAAUUGUACAGCAUGUGUCGCCCCCAACCAGAAACAAAUCUCGCGUGGCUCGCAGAUGCUACGAGAAGUUUGCUAAAUCCUACUGUAUUGAGGCAAAUUGUGGAUGUGGUACACUUUGAGUGGCGAGGAGAUAUUGGAGCCGUUGAUUACUGUCCUUAG